GGAGUCUUGCUCUGUUACCCAGGCUGGAGUGCAGUGGCGCGAUCUCGGCUCAUUGCAACCUUCACCUCCCGGGUUCAAGCGAUUCUCCUGCCUCAGCCUCCCAAGUAGCUGGUAUUACAGGCGCCUGCCCCCACGCCCAGCUAAUUUUUUUGUAUUUUUAGUAGAGAUGCAGUUUCACCAUGUUGGCCAGGCUGGUCUCGAACUCCUGACCUCAUGUGAUCCACCCACCUCCGCCUCCCAAAGUGUUAGGAUUACGGAUGUGAGCCACCGUGCCCGGCCUUCCUAAUAAUUUUGAUAGCCUUCCCCAGUUCAGGGAUUCUUCAUUUGUCCUGAUAGGAAAAAGCUAGCGUGGCUUCCCUUUUCCUCUCGGUUGAGGCCCAUUUGACCCGUUCUCAAUAUUCCUUCCAAAGAUCGGGCAUCGCUGGAAAACUCGCCUUGCCUCAUAGCCCUGGCAGGACCUAGGGGACAGGUUCUGACAAGGAAGAGCCCUGGGUGGGUCUUAAGAGGCCAUUCAUUUCUUACCAAUUCUGAGUCACUGAAUAAAACCACUUCCCCCAGUGGGGCCCCUCGGUUUCUUCACCUGUAAAAUGGGUGCGAUGUGUGAGGAUGAAAUUGCGGUAAAAUAAAACCGUGGCAGUAAGAGAUGCCUUUCUCUGGCACAUCCCACCUGCUGGGCAUAAGCGGCACCACCCUCUGGAGUUACAGCCUCAAGGCAGUCCGGUAACUAAUCAGGCUUUGGGAUGGAGAGGGCCAGGAUGAGGAAGCAACCUUCCCAACACCACGUGGCUGUGAAAAUGACAAAGCAUGGUCGGGCGCAGUGGCUCACGCCUGUAAUCCCAGUACUUUGGGAGACCAAGGCGGGUGGAUCACGUGAGGCCAGGAGUUUGAGACCAGCCUGACCAACAAGACGAAACCCUGUCUCUACUAAAAAUACAAAAAAAUAGCCAGGCGUGGUGGUGUCCGUCUGUAAUCCCAGCUACUCAGGAGGCUGAGGCAGAAUUGCUUGAACCCGGGAGGCAGAAGUUUGCAGCAAGCCAAGAUCAUGCCAUUGCACUCCAGCCUUGGUGACGGCGCAAGACUCCAUCUCAAAAAAAAAAAUAAAAAGAAAAUGACAAAGCGGGGAUUCCAGCCCAGCACUUUUUGGCCCUGGAGUUCCUGGUUUAAUGCUUCCCAUUGUACUUCCUUUCUUGUAGGUAAAAACACCUUGAAAAGCCAAUAACACUAUUGGGGUAUGUCUUCCAUGCCUGCAACCAAGUUUUCUUUCCUUUUCCAUAUCUUUUUGUCCUGCCAUCUCCCAGCCAGGCGGAUUGAAGGAUGGAAUUCCAACGAGGCUCCCCCGCCUCGUCCCACCUUGGCUGAAGGUGAUGUGGCCGCCCUCAACCGACGCAUCCAGCUCGUUGAGGAGGAGUUGGACAGGGCUCAGGAACGACUGGCCACGGCCCUGCAGAAGCUGGAGGAGGCAGAAAAAGCUGCAGAUGAGAGUGAGAGAGGAAUGAAGGUGAUAGAAAACCGGGCCAUGAAGGAUGAGGAGAAGAUGGAGAUUCAGGAGAUGCAGCUCAAAGAGGCCAAGCACAUUGCGGAAGAGGCUGACCGCAAAUACGAGGAGGUAGCUCGUAAGCUGGUCAUCCUGGAGGGUGAGCUGGAGAGGGCAGAGGAGCGUGCGGAGGUGUCUGAACUAAAAUGUGGUGACCUGGAAGAAGAACUCAAGAAUGUUACUAACAAUCUGAAAUCUCUGGAGGCUGCAUCUGAAAAGUAUUCUGAAAAGGAGGACAAAUAUGAAGAAGAAAUUAAACUUCUGUCUGACAAACUGAAAGAGGCUGAGACCCGUGCUGAAUUUGCAGAGAGAACGGUUGCAAAACUGGAAAAGACAAUUGAUGACCUGGAAGAGAAACUUGCCCAGGCCAAAGAAGAGAACGUGGGCUUACAUCAGACACUGGAUCAGACACUAAACGAACUUAACUGUAUAUAAGCAAAACAGAAGCGUCUUGUUCCAACAGAAACUCUGGAGCUCCGUGGGUCUUUCUCUUCUCUUGUAAGAAGUUCCUUUUGUUAUUGCCAUCUUCGCUUUGCUGGAAAUGUCAAGCAAAUUAUGAAUACGUGACCAAAUAUUUUGUAUCGGAGAAGCUUUGAGCACCAGUUAAAUCUCAUUCCUUCCCUUUUUUUUUUCAAAUGGCACCAGCUUUUUCAGCUCUCUUAUUUUUUCCUUAAGUUGCAUUUAUUCCUAAGGUAGGCAGGGUAUUUCCUAGUAAGCAUACUUUCUUAAGACGGAGGCCACUUGGUUCCUGGGAGAACAGGCAGCCCCACACUUUGAAGAAUACAGACCCCAGCAUCUAGUCGUGGAUAUAAUUAAAACGCUGAAGACCAUAACCUUUUGGGUCAACUGUUGGUCAAACUAUAGGAGAGACCAGGGACCAUCACAUGGGUAGGGAUUUUCCAUCCAGAGCCAAUAAAAGGACUGGUGGGGGCUGGGGGUGGCUAUUGUGGGAAGUCAUAACCCACAGAUAGAUUAACCUAAGAAUCCUGGCCCUUCUCCACUCUCCACCAUGCAGGACAAACAUCCUCUCAAGCAGUCAGCGUAGAAUGCUUGGGAAAUAGUCAUAAUUACCCACAUAUAGUAAUUAAUAGAUGGUAAUUAAUUGAUCCUUGAUGUGAUGUUCUUUUGCAUAUUUCCUUCAUUCUAAAGUUGUUCCCUGGCCGGGCGCGGUGGCUUUCGCCUGUAAUCCCAACACUUUGGGACGCCAGGACAGAUCACUUGAGGUCAGGAGUUCGAGACCAGCCCAGCCAACAUGGCGAAACCAUGUCUCUACUAAAAAUACAAAAAUUAUGGUGACGCCUGCCUGUAGUCCCAGCUACUCGGGAGGCUGAGGCAGGAGGAUCGCUUGAACCCAGGAAGUGGAGACUGCAGUGAGCCGAUAUCGCACCACUGCGCUCCAGCCUGGUCGACAGAGUGAGACUCCAUCUCAAGAAAAAAUAAAAAUAAAGUUGUUCUCUGAAGAGCAAAUGUCUCAUUCCAGUAAUGACCCACUCAGCAGGAAUAUGGUGGAGUUCAGUCCAAUUCAGGUCAGCCAUAUCCAAAAGACCACAAGUCAUUACUAAGUUGAGCAAAAGAGUUUUUAUCUAUUAGCAGAAAGGGCCUCUCUGGCAGCAGAGAUUAAAAACUGGCCCAACUUCAUUUCCAUACUUCAGGGAACAGCAAAUUGAGGAUUUACUUAUCUAGGACUUGAAUUCCUUCUUUGGGACCAAGUUAAUAAAAGACCAAGAAACUCCUGAUUAAACUGGAUAAUGAAGGAUUCUGUAGACAGGGCUGCACGUAUCGGCUUUGUUUGACUUCUCUUUUCUCAGUUAACAUCUCAGAGCUGGAACAUUCCACAUUCCCCAGCAGCGUGUGGGAGCUGACUAAAGUUUACAAUUCCGACUAAAAAUCACCCUGCUUCUGGCUUAUCUGAAUCCCUUACCCACCCCACCCCACCACCCCACUCCUAUUUAUUCAGCACCACACUACCCAGGAAAUACACUAGCAAAUUGUGCAAUGGAAUAAAAUCCACACUUUACUUUAGAUUCUUGCAACUGUAUCAUAUGUAAUAGUAUCACUUUUUCUACAUUUUGGUCAAAUAAAUUUUUACAUAAACUACA